GUUGAAGAAGGAACCAAACCAAUCUUCUGCAAGCCAAGACCAGUACCGUUCGCUUAUAAGAAACGUAUCGAGGAACAGUUGGAGAUAAUGAUCAAGCAGGAUAUCAUAGAACCCAUAGAAGCAUCAAAUUGGGGAAUGCCAGUGUUCAUGUUGGAUGAAAAAUCUCAAGAAAUGGCAACAUUGAAUACUCAUAAGGGUCUGUACCGUAUGAAACGUUUACCAUUUGGAGUUGUAUCGGCUAGUGCAAUAUUGCAACGCAGCUUAGAGCAAGUAUUCCAAGGAAUGGAAGGUGUCAUAAUAUACAUGGAUGACGUUGUUGUUACUGGGAGAACAACAGAGGAACAUAACAGAAACUUAGAAAUGGUAUUGGAACGUGUGAAAGACACAGGAUUGACAUUGAACAAGGAUAAAUGUAAUCUUUUCGAAGAAGAAAUUGAAUAUUUAGGCCAUAUUAUUGAUAACAAGGGAGUACGGAAAACUUCUGAUAAAGUAAAAGCGGUGUUGAAUGCACCCAGACCAAGAAUCGUAAACCAAGAACUGUUGAAGAAGGGAGACGAGAAACACGAGUGGAAUGAAGAAACAGAAAGAUCUUUUAACUUAGUCAAAAAAUUUAUGGCAGAAGACAUGAAGCUCAGUCAUUUUGACCCUAGUAAGGAAAUAUUGUUGAGAUGGGCAGUAUUCAUAGCAUCUUUUGAUUAUAAGAUCGAGUACGUAAAAGGUAGAGAAAAUCAUAUGCCAGAUUGUCUUUCACGAAUUCCUUUGCAUGUUAACACAGUCUCAGGAGAACAUGAUACUAAGGGAUACUUGUAUUUCGUAGCGUCAAUAGAGGAAUGGCCAGUUGAUAACGAGAGAGUACGUCAGGCAUCGAAUAUAGACGAAGAACUUAGGAUGGUGAAGAAGUUCAUAGAAGAGGGUUGGCCGCAGAAGUGGCCCGAGUGUGUGAAACCUUAUCAUAGAAGAAGAGACGAACUGAUUGUGAAACAGGGAUGUAUUAUAUGGGGACAUCGGAUAGUGAUUCUGAAAAUCCAAAGAAGACGUAUGCUAGAAGAGCUACAUACUAGCCAUUUUGGCAUUGUGAAAACGAAAAGCUUGACAAGAUCAUAUAUGUGGUGGUCCGGUUUGGAUCAGGAGGUAGAGAAGCAUGUGAGAGCAUGUAACCCGUGCCAGGAAAAUAAGGAGAAUCUACCAAAGGAAGUAGUACAACCAUGGCCCUUGGCAAAAAGGCCAUGGGAGCGAAUACAUUUCCAGGCCCAAUUCAACAAAGGAACUUUCUGCUUGCUAUCGAUGCUUAUACGAAGUGGCCAGAAGUAUUUGAAAUGA